UCACCAUAACAUUGCACAUCAAAGGAAACAAGAAGAUUGGAAAAGGAAAGGAUACGAUGGGGCAAAAGUGGGGUGCUCUGGUAGUCUGGCUCCUACUCUUGUCAACACUACUAACCCAGGUGUUGGUCGAGGUCGAGGCAAACAGUUUUUACCCAAAAUCGACGGUGGUGAUAUCGAACCAAAUCGAAGGAGGGGCAAAGUUGUUGGUGCAUUGCAAGUCCGCGAAUGACGAUCUGGGUGUGCGCUGGUUGGACCCAGGCAAGAGUUUCGACUGGACCUUCUAUCCGCACUUCUUUACAUAUACUCUGUUUUUUUGCGCCUUUCGUUGGGAAGUCGGAGCCCAUCUUAAGUGGUUCGACAUCUACAAACAGCAGAGGGACGACGAAGUGUGCAAGUACUGCCAUUGGGCCAUCAGGAGAGACGGACCGUGCCUGGCCGUGCCGGGUUCCGAAAUGUGUUAUCACUACAGGGACAAACUUUAGUACCACAACGAGCUCUUAUAGGCACAGUGGCACACUAUAGGUGAUCGAGUUCAUUUUGGAUUGGACGCAAGUUUCUUUCGUUGGGUUUUAUAGUUGGUAUGUGUGAAUAAUUAGUUUGGUUUAAUCUAAGGUUGGAAAUCUUUGUUUUGUUGUUUUUAUUGGGAACCCAAGGUGUAAUAAAAUGAAAGCUUCUCUUCUUAUUUUUUAUUAUUUUGUAAUCUUAUUUAUUAAGGCUAAUAUCAUUGCAAUACUUUGAGUUAUCAACUAAGUGUUACUUCUAUAGCACCAAAAGUUGAUAUGACGAUCUUAUCACCAAGUUUUGUUUUGUUAGCAUUGGUCAUUAAUGGUCAAUAAGUUGACGGCUGAUGUGUCAGAUAAUAUGAAUUAGAAGAGUGAGGUGGAAUUAUGAUUGACAUGUCAUUUAAAAUAAGCAUAAAAAUGUUCAUUAAAAAAAACCAAAAAUUCAUUUUUCUCUUGCGACUUCCUCCCUCGACCUUCACUCCACCGCCACCCCUACCUCCUUCAGCUAUUUCCAAAAUCUCUUCAAACCUGCUUAAGGUUAAGGGUAUAAGCUCUUUCACAUAGUCCGAUUUUCAUUUCAUUUUAGCUGACCUAUUUGUAUAAAUCGUUCUGUCCAACAAGCUCCGGACAUAGCGUUAAUGACGUUUAGCCUGAUUUAUAUAGCAUAAAUAGGUUCAGCAUCUAUAGAUGACAACUAUUUAUACAGAUUUUCCAAAACAAUCCAUAUGGAAUUAUUCUCUUAUGGGAGUCACGACAAGAAAAUCAACCUAUAAAAACAAAUAAUUAGAGACAAUUAUUGUAUUGAUCUCUAUAGUUAAAUUUUAGGGUCAUAAAUAUUAUUUGUGCAAAAAUUUAAAUUUCGAGUUAAAACAAGAGAAAAAUUCAAAACCUGACAAACAUAUAAAGAGGUUCUCUUCCAAACCCCUCCCAUUUUAUUUUUCCGUGCUCAGCGCAUAAUACGGAAGGAUCUCUCCAUCUUUUUACUAUACUCAACUAAAUAAACACAUAUCGUUCCAUGAGGCGGACCAAGCCUAUAUUUUUGUUGAUCUUUGGGCUUCUUAAGAUUGGACUGAGGUGGGAUGGAGUGUGUGCUGACUACUGAGAAGUAAGAAACAAAAUAAAAUAAGCUUGCGACAACAAAGGCCUAAGGGAACUUUCUCCAGAACCUCCCCCAUGCCACUUUUGUUAAACUCAAUAAUAUAAAGACAGAAUGUAUUUACUUAACUUAUUUUCCAGCAAUCUACUAUAGUUAGAAGUUAGUUUUAUAUGAAUUUAAAAAUACUUAAUGACCAGUGGCAGUAUGACUAAUAAUUGUAUGAGGUUGGUUGUGAUAUUUUUCGGAUCAAGGAACUAAAUCAGUAGGAAUGAUCUUGUAAAAUCACGAGUAUUUAAUUAUUCAACUGAUAAGUUGGGUAUGAAAGUCAAAUACAAGGUAAAUUGAAAUAGUCUAAUGAUUUUAUAAUAUAUAUUUAUUUGGGUUGGUUUGAGUUUUUAGUAAGAGAUUUGGAUUUGUGACCUAACUUUUUGGUGAAGGCAUACCCAAAUAUAAUAUAAUAUAAUAGCAAUACUCAUAUCCAAUCCAAGUCUACCCCUAACAAAUAUCCAAAUACAUAUAUACUUUACUGAUACACUAACCAUAAAUCUACAAUUAAUGAAUUUAUAUGAAUUUGGAUAAUUGUGACCCAUUAUGUUCAAUAUAAUUCACCAAGUCCAUGCACAUUACAGCAUGGGCUAUUAUAUUCUCCUCAUGCCUAACUCAUAUAUAAGAGUUUAGCUCACUAAACGGUGCAAUGAGCCCAAUAUCAGGCUUAUUUUCAGGAUGUAACUAUAUAUUACUUUUGGAUUAAUAUAAAAUAUCUUUUGAC